AUGAGCUCUAGUCAUAUGUGGAUUUUCCAGCUGGUGAUGCUCCUAAUUCUAUUCUGUGAUCUUGAAAUGCAUGCAGAAUCGUCCAAGAAAUUUCUGAAUUCAACUUGUGGUGAUAACUGCCAGUUAACAAGAGUUAACACGAGACCACAGCAGGCAUUUUCAAGUCAAAGAAAGCUUUUGGUGCGGGGAAGUUGCAGUGAGAGAGAUAUAAGCAUCUCGCAAAGCAAGGAUUCCACAUCUGGGAUCCCACAAUACAUUGUGCAGAUUGUCAACACCUGUGUCUCUGGUUGUCCUCCCUCAGACAUCCAUCUCCACUGCGGUUGGUUUGCCUCCGCAAGAAUGGUAAUCCCGAGAACUUUCAAGAGGGUCUCUUAUGAUGAUUGCUUGGUGAAUGGAGGAACACCUUUGAAGACCAACCAAGCCAUCAGAUUCACUUACUCCAACUCCUUCAUGUACCCUCUUUCACUGAAGUCUGCUAAGUUCUGCUGA